UAAUUAUUUGUAAAUAACUAGAUAGUCGAUAAAAACCAACAGUUGUUUUGUUCAAUGCUUCCAACUUUAGUGAUUAUUACUCAUUAGUUGUAGUACUAGAUGAGCAAUACGUCUGUUCGCGUUCUUUAUGUUAUCGCCCAAACGUUUUAUGAUGUAUAAAUAGGUGAAUUGUAAUCGAAAAUUGUGCGUAGAUUAGGGUUAAGGAGUGUGAUAUAUCUAUUAAAAAUGAGUUUUAGAAUUUUUUAUGCGUACUUAGUUAUUAUUAUUUGGUCUAUUUUUGGUGCUCAUUGUGUACCAAAUGAAGAGUAUUUUUAUGAGGUCACACCUCAUAAUGAUCAGUAUGAUGUCAGUUUUGAACUCCCAUUUGAUCGUAUUAAAAGACAUCUUGUUGAACCCGAUACUAAUCGCCUAAAAAAUGGAUCUAUCCAAACUAUUAUGCCUAAAAAUAAUAGUUCACCAGCUGAAAAAAAAACAAAUUUAUCAAUAACCUCUAUUGUGACAAAAGACUCUUCAAAUGCUGAGGUAAAUAAAGUUUCUCAUGAACCUCCAGUUAAUGGCAACAUGAAUAACAUAACUUACUCAGCAACAUCUCAACCUAUGUCUGUAGAACUUCCAUUACCAAUAUCAAAUGAAACACUUGCGAUGAACAAUAUAACAAAAACCAAAAAUGAUUCCCAUGUUUAUUAUAAUAGUACUACAAUAAAUGAGAGUAAUGAGUUUAAACAUUAUUGGAUAGAAUUAAAAGAUCAUCCAGGUGCAAAUUUACAUGGAAUGUUAUCAGAAUCUCAUCGUAGAGCAGCUACUGUUAACCUUAAAUUUCAAUUCCCAUUUUAUGGACAUCUCAUAAAUGUUACUACCAUUGCUACUGGAGGGUUUUUAUAUUUAGGAGAAUACAUUCAUUCAUGGUUAGCUGCUACCCAAUAUAUAGCACCAUUGAUGGCUAAUUUUGAUCUAAGUACUUCAAAUGAUUCAAAUAUUUAUUAUAUGGAUAAUGGAACUACUUUCACCGUUACCUGGCAUAACGUAACUUUACAAGAUAAACCUAAAGCGGGAGAAUUUACUUUCCAGACUUCACUCUAUUCAAAUGGAGAUAUUGUUUUUGCUUAUAAAUUCUUACCUUUAACUCUAAAAGAUAUAGAUUCAACCAGUCAUCCAGUAAAAAUUGGUUUAUCUGAUGCAUAUGUUUUGGAUAAAACUGUAUUUUUCUUAAGGCGAAAAACUAUCUAUGAAUAUCAUCGAGUAACAUUCAGUGAUGUAACAAAUGGGACUGUUAUAUUUUUGAAAGCAUUACCUACUUGUAUGGAAAAGAAAAACUGUUCAAGCUGUGUAAAAACUGAUACUAAUUUCCAAUGUUUUUGGUGUGACAAUCGUUGUUCAUCAGGAUUAGAUCGGUAUCGUCAAGAGUGGCAUAAAAAAGACUGUGAAAAACUAAAACUUUCUAAUGAAGACAUGUGUACAAAUGGUAUUGCUACAUCUACUCCAUUAAGUAACAUAUAUGGUGAAAAAUCUGUUGAAAUAGCAGAACCACAUGCUAAUAAUUCAACAUCUAACACAAGUUUAUUCUUUAUUGCACUAUGUCUAUCACUUUUAGUAAUGUCUACUGUUUGGAUACUGUAUGCAUAUCUAUACCCACAUACAAGAUCUGGUCAAUUGUUAAUAAGAUAUCGGCCUAGUCAAUGGGGUUGGAGAAGAGGAGAAGCUCGUUAUACAGCAGCUACUAUUCAUAUGUAGAAAAAUAUUUUUGACUAUAUCAUAAAAUUUUUGGAAUGAUAUUUAACUUUUCAAUUUAUUAAUAUGAUCAAAUGUUUAACUAAUAAUUAAAAACAAUUUUAAGUGAUAAAAAUUUGAGUAUUAAUUAUUGAAGUAUUCAUAGUUUAUAUUUUUAAAAGUAACAAUGAAUUUUAAUUAUUGACGAUUUUUAGCAA